AUGUUCGCGCCGUCGCCUAUUCGAUCUCCAUUGAAAAGUAAACAAUUACAGCAAUCACAAUUAACAAAAUAUUUUGCGUCGGUCAAUGACAAAGAAUUAUCGUCAUCACUUACAUUCUGCGAUGAAACUAGUGAACAAACCACAGAUAAUACUACUACUUUGGAUAAUUCAAUAACAACAACAACAACAACGACAGACGAAGAGCAAAGCUAUACGGACAAUAAUACUAGUGAUAAUAUGAUAACAGAUGAAAAUUGUUCACCAGAUCAAACAUCAACACUGAAUGAUACAUUAACAACACCUAAAGGAAAUAAAAUUAAAAAGCGAUUAGAUGUAGAUGAAGAAGAUUCAGCAUAUAAACAACGUCUUCGAAAGAUGCCACGAAAAAUGUAUAAUGAUGAUGGUGGCCUUAAACAAACCAUAAUUGAUGCUGGACAAAAAAGUAUAGAUUGUAUUGUAUGUCGUAAAUGUGGCAUGAGUUAUUUUCCUCAUAGUGUCGAGGAUCGUGCGUUACAUGAUAAAUUUCAUGAUCUACAAACAUCCGCCUUAAAAUUUAAAACGAUUCUUAAACGUGAGCAAAUUUGUCAACAAUUUUUAGAUGGAAAUAUUUAUGUGAUUGGUUGUACAUCAUCGGUUCACGAACGUAAUAAAGCAGAAAAUAUUCGAAAAUUUAUUGAUACUGAACUUGGUAUAACAACACCAUUUAAUUGUGUUUGGCCAGAAACAAAAGCUUACUUUUAUGUUGAAGAUCGCACAGAUCUUGUUAUUGGUUAUUGUUUAGCACAAAUUAUUCAUCGAGCUCACAUUGUUGAUGCUGACUGUGAUCAUUUGAAUACACAAAAUGAAAUACAAAAAAUGUUUUGUGGUAUUGCAAGAAUUUGGGUACAUAAAGAUCAUCGACGUAGUCGAGUUGCUACAAAACUUCUCAAUUGUGCUAGAAUUAAUUUUUUCUUUGGUAUUACAAUGAAACGGACGGAUAUUGCCUUUUCAUCACCAACCGAUGAUGGUAAAAUACUUGCCAAAAAUUAUACAAAGUCAAAUCGAUUAUUUAUUUAUUAA